CGUCUUCAUACACUCUAUCUAGCUUUUCAGUCGUCCACUACGUUUUAUCACUCGACGUUUUUGGCUGAAGAGAUGCAAACGGUUCCCAGAAGCAGUAUGAGUUCUUAUGGACUAUAUCAUCAGACGGAUCUUUUUUCGACGGGUAUAGACGCAAACUUCUUUCCAAGGCAUGACUUGGAUCUUGCUAAAGCUGCUCAGCAUGUUAAAGGCGAGAGCUUGCAGUACGAUAUGUCAACGACGACAGCAUCGGGUGGUCCGCGCAGUCAAAUGAGUCUACACGCUUUCGGUCAGGCAGACACUAUGUUAGAGCAGCUGUCUGUACCAAUGACGGGUUUCGAGCCUCCAGUGCACAGUUUAGCGUCCCAUUCUCAUCCAGGAGCUGGUCAAAUGGUCUACGCAUCACCUUAUAGCGGUUGUGUUCAACAGUCUCCCCAUGCUGCUAUUGCAGCCGCCCACACAAUGCAGUCUUCACAUACAAUUGACUGCGAUCCUCGUGAAUUAGAAGCUUUUGCCGAGCGUUUCAAACAACGACGUAUUAAAUUGGGCGUUACUCAGGCCGAUGUUGGCAAGGCUUUGGGCAAUCUGAAAUUACCUGGCGUUGGUUCUCUUAGUCAGAGCACAAUAUGCCGUUUCGAGUCAUUAACCUUAAGCCACAACAAUAUGAUUGCCCUCAAACCAGUACUCGCUGCUUGGUUAGAUGAGGCUGAAAGACAAGCAAGGGAAAAUAAACAAUCACACGAAAUAUUUAGCUCAGCCGCUGAUGCUAAAAGGAAGAGAACGUCAAUAACUGCACAAGAGAAAAGAUCAUUAGAAGCCUAUUUUGCUGUUCAACCGCGACCAUCUGGUGAAAAAAUUGCACAGAUCGCAGAAAAACUUGGCUUAAAGAAGAAUGUAGUUCGAGUUUGGUUUUGCAAUCAAAGGCAGAAGCAGAAAAGAAUGAAGUUCUCUAAUUUGCCGGCUCACUGCUGAUCAGGUCCAUAUAUAGAAAAAUUAUCUCUAUCUAUCUAUCUAUGUAAUGACCUAUGUAUCUAUUUAUUUCUCUUUCUCUGUCUUCUUCCGCCCCUCCUUUCUUCGCCCCUUCUCUCCAUCUCCAACUCUAUCUGUCUCUCUGUCUCUCUCCUUUUCUUAUACGAAGAAGAUAAUAUAUAUCGGCCUGCGUUCUUGCCUAUGAAGUCAUGCAGUUAGAGGAAGUCACAAAACGAGCUUUUCAAUCACCAUCACAGAAAUAAGUGUACACACUGCUGCUGUGCCGUAAAAAUUUUUAUUUGUAUACAUGUAUGUAUUGUAAGUAAAUCUAGUCGUAACGUUAUUUAUUCAGUUUAUUGUUUCGUGCCGUUUUCUUUUUUAUAUUUAAAAGGAAAAAAAGCAAAAAUCAAGAAAACAAGUAAAAAAACGAAGAGAAAAACAAAAAAAACUACAAAAAACAAAUUAGAAACCUAUUCCAUUCUGAGAAACGAAAAAAAAAAAAACUUUACAAUUUUAAUAAUAAUUUUUAUCUGCGAGAACCAAAACUUUUUUUUUUU